AUGUCGCUGCGAAGGGCUGGUGGACUCGGCCGCCAGUUGGCCUCGUACGCCACGGUUGCGUCCAGGGCCUCGAUACAGCCGAUUGCGCACCCGCCUGGGUCUGGCAUCCGGUUCGGCGCCGUUGUCCAGGGCGUCAACGUUGACAGGAUCUCUGAUGCCGACUUCGACAUCAUCAAAGAUGCCCUAUACAAGCACCAGAUCCUCGUCUUCAAGGCACAGCAUGGCGCAUCCUCCAGGGCGCAAUACGAGAUUACGCAACGGUUCGAUCCCAAAGCGACAGCCUCGUACGGCCACGGCAAGACGCUCGACGCGAAACGAUCCAUCCUGCAUCCAGACCUCAAGACGAUCCCGCACCAGCCGCAGGUGCAGGUCAUCGGAAACGGCUUCGUGGAGGAGUACGAGGGGCUGAAGGAUAUCCAGCUGCGGCACCCCCAUCACAAGACGUUCCACGCCACCGUCAUCCCAGAGGAGGACGACCUGGAUUUUACACGCUUCUACAGAUGGCACAUUGACGCCGCGCUGUACGGACUGGCCCCUCCGGUAGCGACAACCCUCUUCGCGGCCCGCGUCCCCCAUGGGCGUAGGCAGACGGUUCGAUACGAGGACACGGGCGAGGAGCUGGACGUGCCGCUGGGCACGACGGCGUUCGUCUCUGGCUACACCAUGUAUGACGUCCUAUCGCCGCAGGACCAGCAGUUUGCCAUGACCACCAAGGUCGAGUACGCUCCGCAUCCCUACGUGUGGAUGAGCGGCGCCAAGUCUCGCUCGGACGGUCUGGGCCUGCUCUCGGAGGGUAAGGAGGUGCCGCUGGACAGCCUGCCCGAGAUUGAGCAGGACAAGAUACAAAUCCUGCCCAUGUGCUGGCGCAAUCCGCAGGACGGCCGACUGGCGCUGCAGGUGCACCCGUCCGCGGUUCGAAAGCUCCAUCUGGCUGGCGGGGAGGUGGUGGACGAUCUCAAGGAGGUGCGGGAGAUUGUUCACCGACUGCAGCGGCCCGGUAUCGCGCCCAAGUACGUGUAUGCGCACGACUGGGAGGAGGGCGAUUUCGUCAUCUUCCACAACAGAAGCCUGCUGCACUCCGUCGUGGGGGCCUUUGCGGAGGACGAGGUGCGCCUCUUUCGCCAGUGCAAUAUUGCGGGCAGCAGCCUGCCCGAGGGGCCACGAUACCUGUAG